CCCCCUCCCUCCCCUUCUUAAAUUGGGACGCGCGAAGAGCCGGUUGUCUCCCCGGGGCGCUCUCCACUCUACGUCUCGUCGUCUCUCAGGUUCAAGGCUUGAGACAUGCUAACCGCGCAGAACUGACCAGUGCGGUCCCCGGGCUAGUGGCCACUCACCCUUUGCAUCUUCCCCAGCAGCGCGGUGGGCGCCGGCUACUUGGAUGAGCUCUCCAGUUCCCCGACUUUGAGAGGCGCCUGUCCCCCGCCCGACCGCCCAGAUGCAGUUUCGCCUCUUCUCCUUUGCCCUCAUCAUCCUGAAUUGUAUGGAUUACAGCCACUGCCAAGGCAAUCGAUGGAGACGCAGUAAGCGAGCUAGUUAUGUAUCAAAUCCCAUUUGCAAGGGUUGUUUGUCUUGUUCAAAGGACAAUGGGUGCAGCCGAUGUCAACAGAAGUUGUUCUUCUUUCUUCGAAGAGAAGGCAUGCGCCAGUAUGGAGAAUGCCUGCAUUCCUGUCCAUCUGGCUACUAUGGACACCGAGCCCCAGAUAUGAACAGAUGUGCAAGAUGCAGAAUAGAAAACUGUGAUUCUUGCUUUAGCAAAGACUUUUGUACCAAGUGCAAAGUAGGCUUUUAUUUGCAUAGAGGCCGUUGCUUUGAUGAAUGUCCAGAUGGUUUUGCACCAUUAGAUGAAACCAUGGAAUGUGUGGAAGGAUGCGAAGUUGGUCAUUGGAGUGAAUGGGGAGCUUGUAGCAGAAAUAAUCGCACAUGUGGAUUUAAAUGGGGUCUGGAAACCAGAACACGGCAAAUUGUUAAAAAGCCAGCAAAGGACACGAUACCAUGUCCAACCAUUGCUGAAUCCAGGAGAUGUAAGAUGGCCAUGAGGCAUUGUCCGGGAGGGAGACAAACACUAAACAGAUUUCUGAAAUCAAGAAUCACAGAGCAAUGAACAGUAUGGUGGACCAUGUCUUUACCAAUAUCCAUAUCUCAAGCAUGUGUUUUCAGAAGAUAGAAGGCAGCUGGGAGUGUUUAUUCCUUAAUGUAAGCUGAAGGUGUAAUCCAUGAAAGUUGACUGUCUGGAGGCCUGGGCAAUAUGCAAUUGAGAUUUGUUGACUUAUCAGUUGUAUUUGAGUACAAUUGUUCAGUAGGUUCUUUUAGUGAAUAAUGAAUACAUCUAGAACUUUGUGUAAGAGAAUCCAGAAAAUGUGCAUUUGUAUUGAGGGUCAGUUACUUUUUGAACUUGUCAAUAACCAUAACUGUGGUGUCUUUUCUAUAUAAUACAGUGUUCUUAAGUAAGAUCAGGAGAUGCAUAUUGAGAUGCAGAGUUAUUUCUGGUGAUUAUCUCAAGCCUUGCACUAAUAAUUUGGCCUUGUCCGUCCCCCCAAGGCUGACCUUCAGUUAUUUUAAUCUGUCAAAACGACUUGGUAUGAGAGAACUACGUAAAUUUUGAGUAAAUUCUUACUGAGUGUAACUGACUUCAUUAAAAUAUGCUGCAAGGUGACUUCUAAUUUCUCUUUUGAGAAAAUGUUUCCAUUUUCAUACCUAUAAGUUCAUUAAAUCAAUAUUCAAACAUCUAUUAAUACCUAUGUUCUAAAGAAACAGAUUGAAAGUGAUACAAACAGAUGAGUUUAUAGUCUACUUAAAGAAGAAGAAAAUGCACAUUACAAAAUAAUAAAAGCAGAGUUGAGUUGGUAAAUGGUAAGUGUCGUUUUAGGCUCUGGUGUUACAGAAAAUAUUUUUGGCUGUCGUGGCCAGGAGAUGCUCCUUGAAGAACAAAUUUAAAUGAUAAUUAAAAGGGGUAGGUGGGAAACACAUUUGAAAAGGGGAGGAGAUUAUUUUAGACUGAGAGACCAUUGUGGGGAAAGAUGUAGAUGCCAAAGUGUGCCUGUUGUGUCCAAGAGAGGGUGAGCAGAAGAACCUGGCUGCAGCUCCGAGAUUGUUAGUGGCAAUACAAAAGCUCACAGCAAAAAUAGAAGUUGCAUACUGUUUGCCAAGUGCCUCUAUGGAGAGGACAGGGUUUUUAAUUUUACCUAGUACACAGUGGAGAGCCAUGGGGUACUUGACUGUGGAGGUAUUUUAGCAGAAUGCUGGUUGAAGACAGAAGUGGUUGAGGUGGUGUCUGUGAAGUGUAACUAAGUACACUUCACAUCCCAAAUUUGGGGCAGAGCGUUAAGCAGAGUCUGACUUUGGGAGAAUUAACAGAGAAUACUUAUGGGUUCUGAUGUUUAUGCAUUUUUCUGUUAUGCUUGCUUUUCUAAAGAGUGAAGGAUUUUGCUUUGACUUGCGGUCCACUGUGACUCUUAUCUUUUUCUGCCAACUUUUUAAGCCAAGCCGUUCCCUAGUUUGUAUUAGUGCAGUUUAUUUUUUAAAAAUGUAGGCACAUUUUGCAUUCACCCUAACUGAACUAUAUUUACUUUCUAACUGCUAUUUCCAUUUGCCAUUUACCAAGACCCUUGGAUGUAUUAUUCUUUAUUUUCUGGCUUAUGAUGUUAACCUUCUAAUGGAUUUCCUUUACCAGUCAGCUUGAAGUACUUUGAAAAUUUAAAGUAUACACAUUAAAUACUAUUCAAAGAUGAAAAUGCUCCUACAAGACACAAUUUCAAAUGUAUAAUCCAAGGUGCUUUUAUCUAGAAUGUCAUUUGCUAACUGUGCAAAGUGUUGGGUUAAGGAUUCAGAGUUAAAUGCUAGGUUCAGGAGAAAACUGUACAGUUAUCAAUUUGUGGUGUUUGUGGCAUAGAAAGCAAUGUGUCCUGUAUUCUCCCUAAUUCUAAUCCUUUAAUCCAUCCUGCUCUUGGCUUUCUCCUGCCUUUCCCUCCAAUCUUCCAACACACACUUAGAUGUCUUUGACAAGUAGUUAUCUAGCUUCUAUUUUAUACCUGCAGUGAUGGUGGAAGUCUGUAUAUUGGGGGAAAACAGUAUGGAAAAAUGCGGGAAGAGUUUUAAAUUUGAUGUGUCCUGGUUUUCAUCACUUGUUGAAUGACAUUGGUUUAAAUUACUUAACUUCCCAAAGCUUUGUCUUAUAUGAAAUGGGGAUAUGUCACAGGAUCAUUGUAAGGAGUAAAUUGGUACAUAUGCAAAUGGAUUUUAUGAUUCUAUACUUUGUUGUAAUUCUAUUAAUUCUAUAUUUACCAUUCUUCCCAUGACUGGCUUACUCUUGUCUCUUUAUUUUCCUUUAAUUUCCCCCCAUCUCAUGGCUUUGGCUAUCAUUCAGAUGUGAAAUCCUCUCCCAUUUGAGCCCCAACCUCACUGUUCGGGCUCUUGAUGGGCAUCUUUCCCUAGAUAUCUUCCCAGCAUGUCAAUACAAGUGGAGCUAAAACAUACCUUGUUGUCUUUCCAAAACCUUAUUUCUCCUGGGAUGAUCAUCCUUUCUAAAGACAUCUCUAGGGGCACCUGGAUGGCUCAGUUGGUUGAGUGUCUGAUUUCAGCUUAGGUCAUGAUCUCACUGUUCCUGAGCUCGAGCCCUGCAUUGGGCUCUGUGCAGCCAGCUCGGAGCCUGGAGCCUACUUAGGACUCCAUGUCUCCUUCUCUGUCUGUCUGUCUCUCUCUGCACCUCCCUUGCUUUCUCUCUCUCAAAAAUAAUAAACAUUAAAAAAAAACCUCCAAAGGCACCUCUAGCCUCCCAGUUACCCAGGCUCUUGACCCUACAUUUGUAUCUCUUUUUACAUUCAAACAAAUUAGGGCUCAGACCUUUACUCAACCAGCUUGCAAGUAUGCAAACCUGAGAAAUUUACUCAAUCUCUCUCAGCUCCAGAAUCUAUAUUAUAGGGAUAAUAGAUAAUCCUGCUUCAUAGGAUAGUUAUGAGGUUUAAACAACAUCAUUUAAAAUAAUCAAGGAUCAAAAAACAUAGGUUGUUAUUAAUUUUGUUUUAAUAAUCCUGCACCCAGGUGUGUUUCUCCACCAUCCAUUCAUCUUUAUUUCUGUGGCCUCUACAUGAAGCCUUUAUUUAUGUAGAAGAUUGCAGUAGUUUUUCAUGGGCAGAGAGAGUAUAGGUUAAUUUACAUCCCAGCUGACAGACGUGGCUGCAUGUUCUAAGCUGAACUUGUUCCUCACGUACCUACUCUAAUCUAGGUGUAAAAUGGAAACCUUAAAUUCUAAAAAUGGCUGGGACAGCCAUUGAUUACCCUGAUGAGCAUAGGCCCUAGUACAGAGUAAGCCUCCAAUGUGGAAAAGGAGGAAGGUUGCAGGAUGACUUGGACAGGUUAAUGCUGGCUAAGGACGUGAUACUUGAGAAUACAGACCUGGAAUCCUGGGACAAUUUGAGUAAGUAAAAGCUGAGUCGAGGGUGAAGGGGGAAAGAGAGUGAGCAAAAGUCUGACAAAAUGCAAAGUAUAUAGGUUACCAUUUAUAUAAACAUGAAGAAUCUGUUGAAACAGUCCAUGUAUUAGGAAGCAAAAGGGAAAAAUUCGGGCAAAAGGUGUAGAAAUAAGGAGAAGGAAUGAGCUCAACAGAUACUUCAAAACCAGUAAGUUACCAAAUUAGAUCUCCUGGAUUGAACAGUGCCAGAAGAAUUUGAGACUGCUUGAAUAAUUCUCACAGGGAAGAGAAAGUCUCUGUCCAUUUGUGGUGAUUCAUUUAUAAACUGCAAGUUGGGUAAGUGAAUAUUCAAAAAGGAAUUAAAGCAUAGGCAUAACAUAUAAGUAGUUUAUAACAACCAGCCACUCAAGGCAUAAGAAAGUAAUGAGCCCAAGGUUAGGAACACAGGUACAGAUGUUCAACAAAUUCAGUGAUGUGUGUUGCCUCACUGUACCUAAAGACAUUUUUGUUUUGGAAAUUCAUUUUCUUAAACCUAUUUAUAACAAUAAUCUUGAGGAAACCUAUAGAAGGGAAGGAAGCUCUAGACCUGGAUUCAAGAGUGCUCAAAUUACAUUCUGUACAGGAUAGAAUGGGGCAGUUGACCCUUGAACAGUGCAGAGGUUGGAGGCACUGACCAUUCAUAUAGUCAAAACUCCAUGUUUAACUUCCAACUCUCCAAAAACUUAACUACCAGUAGCCUACUGUUGACUGGAAGGCCUUACUGAUAACAGUCAAUUUAUACAUAUUUUGUAUGUUAUAUGUAUUUUAUACUGUAUUUUUACAACCAAGUAAGCUGCAGAAAAAAUGUUCAGAAAAUCAUAAGGAUGAGAAAAUACAUGUACAGGGCUAUACUGUAUUUAUCUUUAGAAAUCCUCACAUAAGUGGACUGGUGCAAUUCAAACCCAUGUUGUUCAAGGGUCAACCAUAUAUGGUUUUUUCUUACAGCUUGCGAGGAGGCCUAGCAGGUUAGUGAUCUGGUCUCUCAACCCUGGUUGAAUGAUAGUAGCUACUUUUUUCUUUAUUUUGGAGGUUCAGCAUGGAUUUUCCUUUGUAAAAAGAGCAUGUCUUUCUAUAAAACAAAACUUUACAGAUGCACUCAUUUAUAUUCUUUCCUUUACGUGUUUGAAGCCAAGGUGCAGGGUCAUAGUAGAUGCUAAAGGCAAAGCUUGGUUCUUGCUUAGACAUCACACUUGGAACUCUUUCUUCCACACAGCCUUACCUUUCAACCCUCAGGAAUCUCUGAGCAUUCCUCAGAGGUAAUACCACUAGGUUUGUUCAUGUUAUUACAUAUAUAUCCUCCAUGGUGACUGGCCUUACAUUUUUGCAAUGUUUCCCCUUGGAAUAGUAGUAUAACACUUAGGAUGGACUGAAUUCAACAACGUAUCAACUAUUUGCAGGAGUACACUGCAAGAUGCAGUGAUGGUCCAAUAAAAACAAAAAAGCCACUCUAGAAUUUAUAAUUUUUCAUUUGAACAUACAAAUUAUAUACAGUUAAAAAUGGUAUAAGCUGGACAAGCACAUGAUCUGCUCCAAGCCCAAAUUUAUUUCAUCUUGAGCUGCCUCUUUACCAUUUUAUUCCAUAGUUAUUCUCUUGUUUCUAGGAGAAAUUUCGGGCAGCCCUCACAUCUUAACUGCUCAUUUUCAGCAAUACGAUUCUGUGGUCACGUUUAGUCACUGAUGUAGUCUUACCUUUAGUUAUUACAAUGUCUAGUCCAAGAUAAUAACCAUAAUUAGAAACUUGAAUUAGUAAUAAGUCUUUGAUUGUUAUCUUGGACUUCUAGAAAAUGUGUAACAGACUUUGGCUGAUACAAAGUUUAUUUUCCAAAAUACCUCUGUAUAGAAGAGUCUACUUUCUAAACUACCUCUUUCUUGAAAAUUCUAAAGUAAAUGACCCUCUAAUGAAAUGGUAAAACUAAAAUGCUAAAACUAAAUACUAAAACUAAAUGCUAAUCCUUGGAAGAUGUAUAUUAUAUAGACUUGCAUCCCUUUUGCACUCUCUUUCAUUUUAUAUCAAAACCUGGAGAAGGAAACCAUAUGCCUCUGUCUUACACGUAUGCAAAAAUUUCUUGUAGUAUUCUUGUAUUUUCAUGUUGAGAGUGGUAUUGCUAACUUGAGUAAUUUAAAGUAAUUUCUGCCUCAAAUGUCAAGUGUCUGUUGCAUUUCAGAUCUUCCUCCAUUUGGUAUAAUUGUCAACUUGAAGCACACAGACUGACCUAAUACAGUAAUCAAACAUGCUUUGAAUUAAGAGUUAUUUGGCUCGCUUCUGUUUGAAGCAAUGCACUUGGUAUUGCCAUUACAAGUUUGCCUCUCCUUUCUCAGAAACAUAAGACUUGUAUAUCCCAAGAACCACCACAUGAAAUUUUCCACCAGGUGGAUGACAUGUGAGCAUAUCUAGUUGCAAAACUGUAACAUGGGUAGUAGCCUAAUUUGAACCAUUCCUUUUAUAAUAGCUUACAUUUAUUAAGAACUUGCUUAUGGAGUUCAAACAUGGGUGGUGACCUCUUAAGCACCCAUAUUUUAAAAUGUAAAAACAUACAGCUCUCAAAUUGCCCAUGUUUUGUGUAACUUUUAGUGCUUAGUAAGAAAUGAUUCCACAAUCUGUAUUCUGCAAUGAAUGUGUAAUUAAAGAUGAUUGAAAAUUCAAAA